AUGCCGGACCAAAUUAUCUGGGAAGUACACGAUGAGAAACAGAAAGUGCUCUUUAUAGACGCAAAGGAGCUCGAGUCAAAAUAUAUUGACAAAGACGCGCCGGGUAUCUGGACCUCUUUUCACCGUCUGAGCAUAGGACAGCAUUUUGAAUACACGGUCACAGCACCCAAAGAUGCUGCUAAAGCCUUUGCCGGGGUACCACCAACAGACAGAAAAGAUUUUACAAAUUUUUACCAAACCUAUCCCGACAUAAACUGGUGGAACGACGAACAUUCCCAUGAAUAUGAAAAGAGGGACUGGCGCCAUUUGCCUAUCGGCAUGCAUAUGAGUUGCUGGAGACUGGCACAAUGGAAAAUUGGUCCUAGUGUCGCUGAAAACCUUGAUCUUUUCAUUGCUAUAACACUACGAACUACCUUUGAAACUCUCUGGGGGUUUAGGCAUGGCUUUAUGCCAUUCAAUAUAUACGAAAUGGUUGCCAUGAAAAAUUCCCGUAAUGAUGACAUGAUGAGUAUACUUGCAGAAUUACACAGAAGGAGAGUGGAUGACCUCAAGGAUAGAGUGGAUUAUGAUCCAUUUAGGAACCCUUGGACGGAAAAAAUCAUCGAUUCAAGCAGGCGAGUCAAGAAACGGAUAUCCUUUGGUCAAUCUUUAUCGUCACAGAAGUCUAUUAUACCGGAUCUACCUCUUGAGAUAUUGUUUGAGAUUCUAAAAUUUCUGGAUUGCAAGGAAAUAUCGAAUCUAGGAUUCGCGUUGCAAAUCACUAUUCCAGACUGCUACUGGCGCUCACGAGCUGCUUUGAGCCUGAUUGAGAUAAAGGAAAUCGCCAAAGAGAAUCUUAAUUGGCAGUAUCUAUGUUCAAAGUUCGAGGCUGUCUAUGCAACUGGCGAAAAAUUCGAAUCCCGCCGCUAUAUAGUUGAUAUACUAAGCAACGAAAUCAAGCCAAUUUAUCUCCAAAAUCUUGGGAAAAGAAACUUUCCGCGUUUGAAGGAUGUGAUGGAUGAGUGCCAAUAUGACGUCAUGCAAAAAUGUCAUAUGGAACCCUGGGAAAAGACGCCCAAGAUCAAAUCAAUACGAAAUGAAGAGGAUUUGCCAAAGUUCGGGUCUUUAAAUUAA